CUAAGCAGCGCUGAAGCGGCGUGAAGCACCGCCGCCACCGUCUCCACCCUCGCCGUCAACUCCGCCGUUACCGCCAUGGUAAUGACAAGCUCAUCAUCCAAGCUCGAUGGUGGUGCUCCUACUCUCUCUCCCUCUCAGUUGUUCAUGUUUAGAUGUAAGAUUUUGAUUUUACCCUAACAAUCAAGUUGUUAACCAGACACAUCCUAGAUUUCCAUCACCUAUGCGUCCCUCGGCUCGCUUCAAUCAGUCGUCAACUCCUCUGAGCAUCUGCAGGUCGCCUCGCCCUCCAGCCAUGUGACGCCUCGCCCGUCUGUCCGCCUAAUUUCGGCGCGGGACCCCGCACCACCCGCCGGAGCCGCAAGCCCGCAACCGCCGCGCCGCUAACGCGGCGGCAGCAGGAGACGGGAGAGGGAGAGGAAAAAAAACAUGCGCGAGGGCGAGGUGGUUGUAAACUUCCACGCGACCGCGUGCGUCACGAGUGCGCCAGCCAGAGAACGAACGAAUCGUCGCGUAGGCUCGCGUCCGCGGCCCGCCGGCUUCCGCUCGGCGCGCGAAUCUUCUCGACCCGUCCGGCCAAGCAACCCAAUCCGAUCCGCCAUGCAUUUCUUCUCUUCCCGCUCCGGCCAGUUUAUAACCCCCCAUCCCCCGCCACCUUCCUCCGGCGACCAACCAACCAACCGUCAUCUGAGCAAGCAAAGCAAAAAACCAGAGGCAACCCACGCAUCGAAUUGGACAGCGGCUAAGUUCCAAUCCAUCCGUUCCUUUGGCCGAUCGGCUGACAUGGACAAGGUGCUGGCCUUCUCGAUCCUGAGCGCGUCGCCGGCCGACAUCGCCGCCGGCGCCGGGGCGUUCCCCACCACCCGGCUGUCGUGGCGGAGGGGCGGGGGCGGCCAGGGAGACUCCGCGGAGGCGACGCGGCAGCGGGACGGGGAGAAGCAAGGCGGCUCGCCGCGCCCCCACGGCCACGGCGGCGGCAAGGACGAGCCGGCGGCGUUCCUCCCGCGGUUCGCGCCGGAGUUCGACGGGAUCGACUGCUUCGAGACCAUCGUGUCGCAUUAGCGAGACUUGAUCGACAGGAAGCUGCUGCUGCUGCCAGCAAUUGACGAUUCUUUUCGCCAUUCUAUAGUCCGUGAUGAUGGUGAUUUCCCGAUCGAUCAUUAUCGAUCGAUCGGUGUGUUUGUGUGUGUUGAAUUGUUAAUUGUCUCGACAAUUGCUAAUUGAGACGACGGGUUGUACUUGUACAGACAGCAUGUAUUAUGUAUGCAUGCAUGCAUUAAGAGAGACGAUUUUAUAGUACUCUCUACUCUCCUUCUUGAUAUUAAAAUACGCAGCUUCCCGCGUAUUCUCGAAAAAUA